UUUUAAGAUGAAAACAGAAAAUGCAUCGUCAUUUCGCGGAUAAAAUGACCUUUGCUCUUUUAGUUUGCUUGAAUUAAUCCUAAACUUUAACUUGUCAAGUUAAUCCUAAACUCAAUCUAAACUAAACUUUUUAAUAAGUUUAUGCGGGAAAAUUGUCGUGUUUUAAGUUGAAUAUUGGAGUGUGUUUGAAAAGCUAUAGGCGUCCAUGAUGCCGCUCUUGGCUAAGCUUGGCCACAAGUCCUCCGCAUCCAAGUCCUCCGGGCCGUCGGCCUCCAGGAGUGGCCACACCGCUGCCAAGAUGGUCCUGCCUACCUGCAAACACGCGCUGGACACCACCCGCUGGCAGAAGAGACUGCAGAAGGAACUCAUGUCGCUCCUGAAGGAGCCGCCGCCGGGCAUGACGCUGGACGUGGAUGCCGAGGACACGAAACUUACUGAGUGA